AUGUCGGGUCUAAAUGAGAAUGUUUGCAAGGCUUGUUCAUUACUCGGAUGGGAAAAACCAUUUGAUAUACAAGUAUGCUCAAUAAAACCGAUCUUACAGGGCAAAAAUCUUGUUGCGCUGGCCGAAACAGGUUCCGGAAAGACCGCUGCAUAUGCCCUUCCUAUAAUUCAUCGUCUUAUAGAAAAUCCUAAAACAUAUUUUGCUGUUGUUUUUACUCCAACCAGAGAGUUGGCAAUCCAGGUCCAAUCUCAGUUUAUUGCCAUUGGGAAAACGAUUGGCUUGAACUGCUCCUUGCUUGUUGGGGGUAUCCCGAUUGAUGAGCAGUCUAAACAAUUAAGAAUGAAACCACCCCAUGUUAUAGUUGCGACACCUGGGCGAUUUAUGGACCAUGUUAAUAGGACAAAAGGAUUCGAUGAGCUCAAAUUCACUUCCUUGAAUUUCCUUGUUUUUGAUGAAGCAGACAGGAUACUUGGAUCUGAUUUUUUAACAGUUAUCGAGAAAAUACUUUUUUUUAUGCCUCGUGGCCGUCAAACCUUGCUUUUUUCCGCUACAAUGACAGAUAAGCAAUGUCAGCCGCUUGAGUUGCUUCUUCAAUAA